AAACCGCCGCCGCCGCCUCCGCUCACCGUCGACAUUUGCGCCGCGCCCGCGCUCCCCUCCUCUCUGUGCACUGCCACAUCGACUUGACUGCCUGUGCACAGAGAGGAAGUAGCAGUAGCGACAGCAGCAUAGUGUCGGGGGCGAUGAUGAGGGACGGCAUGCUCUUCUUUGCUUUUCCUGCUCUGGCGCUUUUGCUUGCAGCCUCACCCAGCCAUGCUGCCCAAAAUGUCUCGUUUGACAACCCUACGCACAUGACGUCGCAUAUUCACGAUGUCGGCAAGGCAUGCAACGUCAACAGAACCCGCCUUGCCCCAGACUCGAACCAGCUUCAGGGCGAUUGCGGCUACCUGGCCUGGUGUGAUCCGUCGACGAACACCUGCAAAGUAAACGGCUGCCGGACCGAUGAGUAUCCCUUUGGGUACAAUAACGUCGAUAAGAAGGUAUGGCCUCCGAGAUGUGGCCGAGGCCAGUUCUGCCCCGACGAAUUCAGCUUCUGCAUGGACAAGAACCCAGUAGGAGAUCCCUGCCAGCUGUCAAGAGAUGAUCAAUGCGUCAGCGCAGAGCAAGGGACAAAGCCGAUUUGCCUGCACAAUGUCUGUCAGCUCAUCAACGCAACCGAAGGGUCACAGUGCCUCUGGGAAAACACCAUCUAUACCGACUAUGUCUCGUUGAGCGACACCUACGGCGAUGUCAUCAGCAGGGAUAAUUGCAUGACUGGCCUCUACUGCGACGUGCCGACGUCGCGCUGCCUUGUGCGCAAGUCCGAGGGGCAGGCCUGUUCCGCCGACAAGGAGUGUGUUUCGAGCAACUGUCUCGAUCCCAACUACACCUCCGAGACGCCCAUCAACAAUAAUGCGACGGGGACAUGUGGCCCAGUAGUCUAUACCCAGCUUCGUGGGCCCAAGCCAUACAUCUAUGUGGUCGUGGUACUUGGCAUCGUCAUCGCGGCCGUCAUUCUCUGCGCCUCCCUCAUGCGCCUCCACCAGAAGCAGCGACUGCGCAAGAAUACGGAGCUGCGCCAGUAUUGGGAGGAGCAACGGCUGUUGCGACGCAAGCUGCAACUGGCAAGGGAAGAGGUGCUCCUCAUGGCUCAGCAGCGUAGCCACCAGAACAGUCCUGCAAUGUCUCUGUCUUCUCUGCCAGGCGGCUUCAAUAGCCGAAGGUCGAGUGCUAUCAAUGUGGCAGGGACGGGCACUGCGGUCGCAGAAGGAAGCAACACAGUCCGACGAGGCGCCAAUGGCUACUGGACAGCCGCGAAUGACAGCAUCCCAAGUAGUCCUCGCCACCGCCUAGGAGCCCCAACGGGAGACCCAGACUACCUCUAUGCGCCCGUUACGCCACUCAACGCAGAUGCUGCUGCCGCUGCUGCUGCUGCUGCUGCUCAUGCUGGUGGCGAUGAGAAACGCGCCAGAGGCCGCGACCGGUUCGAGCCACCGGACCGCGAGCGUGAUCACUCGAGGAGCUACGACGAGACGGACCCGCUGCGCUCCUCUGGCCCCCUGCACUCGCGCAUCACUCUAAGCGAAAGCAAAGAGAGCUUCAACAACGAAGACUUUGUCGAUGCGCCCCUCGCCGACGAAGCGGCCACUUCGUCCGCCAUUGAUCCCUUUGACCCUUCGUCCUCGCGCAGCCGCCACUUUGCAAACGGGACAGACCAGGUCUCGCGUAAUCGUUUGGCUGCCGCAAACAGCCUCGCGGCAAACGGCAAUGGCGCCUCGAAGAUCUCGCCGGGCCAGUCGACAUACACCCUUAUCUGAACAUCAUCACUACUACGCCUUGUAUCAUAUGGCCCCUCUAAUCCAUCUAUACCUCUCC